CCCAAACUCUCUAAAAUAGACACAUCAAUCAGCUGACACAUACUCUCAAUGCACGCGAGGAAAAAAACAGUAUAAUUAUCUCAUCUCAGUGUCAACAGCUCUCUGUAAUAGAGAUCAAAUUCUCAGUUUCGUUAUCAGUGUAAAUUAGUCAGUUUAAACAGUGUGUUUGCCUCGUUCAUGCCUAAUUUAGCGAAAAGAACCUUAAGAAUGGCUAAAAUAAUCGGUGGAAAUAGCAAAAAAGAUAGUAUAGUGUACUCAAUUUCAAUGCGAGAGUGUUUUGUGAUAUACGUCCAAAGUAUAAUUAUUGGGAUCUAUAUUUUAUUCAAGAAUGCAGUCUUUUACAUCAGAAGUUACGUCGAUAAAAAGUUCGGAGUGUCUAAAAAGAGAAUCAUAAGAAAAUUUAAUGUAUUAUCAUCAAUAACUGACAAAUCAUCUAAAAAUAGAAUAAAUGGAACCAAGAACAACUUAAAUCGAUCGAUUACACCCGGAACUCAUAGAUCUGAUCUCGGAGAACAUAAAUUUAUAAGAAUUAAGCAAACGAGAUUUCAUUACGUCGAGAAAGGUGAGAAAAAUGAUCGAGUUGUUUUGUUACUUCAUGGGUUUCCCGACUGUUUUUAUGGAUGGAGGAAUCAAAUUGAUAUUUUAUCAGACCAGAACCAUGUGAUUGCACUUGACCUGAAAGGAUUUAAUAAUUCCGAUAAACCAUUGACUUACUGCCAUUAUAAGCCUGACCGAAUUUGUUACGAACUGAAAUGUUUCAUUGAUGCUUUGCAAAUUAAAUCAUUUUGCAUAAUUGGACAUGAUAUUGGUGCUCUACUGGGAUGGAUAUUUACGCUAAAAUACCCAGAUUAUGUGAAUAAAUUCAUCUCCAUUUCCACACCGCAUCCGAAUUUAUUUUGGAAUACAGCCAAGGGUUCAAAAAUGACGAAUUUCUGGUUCAAUAUGAUUCAGAUACCCUUUUUACCUGAAAUGGAAUUGAGUAAGGAUAAUUCGUUUAUUCACGAGACAUACAAGCAUUUAAUCGUUAAUGGGUCAUCGAAUGAGAUUAAUGAGAGCAAGCAGAGCAUUUUAAUGGAGACAUAUGACUAUGUCUUUAGUCAGUAUGAGGACUACUCGGGAGGUUUACAUUAUUUAAGGAAUUUGCGUCUGUGUCGAGUUGACGAGUCUUGCUUAAUCAGAUGUCCAUGUAUUCUCAUCUUUGGAACAAACAACUCAAAUUUUAAACUUGACAGUGCGAUUAGAAGUGCUGAAUAUUGUGAGAAUCCUCUAAUUAAAAUAAUUGACGGUGCCGGUUAUUGGCCACAUCAAACACAUGUUGACGAGAUGAAUAAAAUUUUAUUAAAAUAUUUGGUGGGGGAGAAGAAGAGUACUGAGGAAAUUGAGUCAAGCUCUCCUUCUAGUAGUCCAUUAAGGAAGGGAUUAAUGAGUAGAGUUAUGGAUAAAAUGUAUAGUGUUGGUCAACAAUAUGUGGUUUAAUUUGUAUCAUUUUAGUGUAAAAUUUAUCGAUAUUUAACUUAAUUAAUGUAAUUUAAUAAAUCCUUUUGUCAUAUGUACCUCAAUGCUAAUUGUUUUUAU